CCCAAAGUAGCUCUCUCACCUCUCCGUUGCGCCGCCGUCUGUAUCACUUCUCUUCAGUUUCAGUUGGUCGGGUCGAGGUCAAACGGUUCAGGCGUUUUCUAGGCCUAUAUAAAGGCCAUUAGACUUAGGGAAAGUGCUUUCGCUUUCCCCCUUUCCAUUUUUCCGUUCGCUUCUUCUCUCUACAACACCGAAGAAAUUCACGAGCAAUCAAUCGAGGAGAUGAAUUGAGAGCGUGCAUAUGGAGUGUAAGGAACUCACUGUUCGUGCCAAUUGCAUUUCGAAAAUGGGGGUUGAUCCAUCGGGCAUUCCUUCAAAUGAAUCAAGAAGUGGUAAUAUUCAAGGUUUGGGCACCAAAACACCAUCUCCUAUUCAAAGUUCUCAGUUACCGUUGUUCUUGAAUCAAGCUAGGCUCGGAACUUUACCACAACCAUGUUCUGGAAGUGGUGAUGAGCAGAGUGGACGAGCAACUUGGUCUAUAGAGGAAGACGUGAUUCUUGCAAAAGCAUGGAUCAAAUUUAGCGAGGAUCGAAAGAAGCUAAAAAGUUCACAUGCGAAUGGUACCCUUUGGCAAGAUAUUGAAAAGUACUACAAUGAGUAUCGUCCUACUGGUACAGUGAAGAGAGAUAGGGCGAAACUGAAAACUCACUGGAAUCAAGCUCGCAUGAAGAUUACUUCUUUCAAUACAAGCUAUAAUGAAUUAUUUAGUGCGCGCCCAAUUGGACACAAUGAGGAGGACGUACUAUUGCAAACUCAUGAAGAAUACAAGGCAACACACAAUGGCAUCAAGUUUCCCUACUUACACUUGUGGAAUAUUGUCAGAUAUUUCCCAAUGUGGGCAACAAAGGCAUCACGAAAUGGCCACAAGUCAAAGAAGAUGCAGACUACCGAGCCAGGACAACACACGUCUUCUUCCAGUGCUGAUGACACUGUUGAUGUUGAUGAAGGCGAAGUUCACCCUCGUCCGGUUGAGCAAAAGGGCGUGGGGAGGAAAAGAAAAGCCCCGGUUACAAAUGUUGACCAAAUCUCAAACACAAUGCAAAAACAACUGGACAAGCUUGAGGAGUAUAAUACAUUGAAGGCAAGAGAUACUUUAAUCAAUGAAUAUCAAAUCCUUAUGAAGGACACUUCGACAAUGACAGAAGAGCAGCUCCAUACGCAUCGCUAUGCAUGUGAAAUUAUCAAGAAGAGCUGGGGAAUGUAGUGGAGGGAUCUUUUAAUUUAUGUGUAGCAUAUAUUUCGUGCAAUUUUUGUUUAUUUUAGGUUGUAGUUAAUUUGUAAUCCAUAUAUUUUGAGUUUGUGAAUGCUAUUUAUUUGGCUUUAACAUUAAAUAUCUCACUGUAGUCCAUUGUGAACUACAUGUUGGGUGUUCUAAUUUCAUUGGCGAUAUCGGAGAGGCACAUUGUGACAUUACAAUCCUUAUACCAUAGAUGCAUUGUUGAUGUUGGUGCAUGUGUAUGUUUAUGUUGUGAGUUUUUGUGUCUUGUAUUAUGAAAUUUUGUACUUUAAGUGUGUA